AGUGUCGCGUCGUUGUCGUAUAGCGAGUUAUACGCGCCGAGCUUGUGCGGGACUACCGGGGGGGGGAUUUGUUUUGUUUUUUCAUUUUGUGUUGCACAUUGGAUUUUCACGGAAUCAUUUUGGUCGAGCACGUGCACCGUGUCAACACGACGAACGUUGUAGAAAGUUAAACAAUCGUCCGGAUGCCCCCAUUGCCGGCGAUUAUUACGGAUAAUAAUACAGAAAAAACGUAAAUUAAUUUUCACUAAUAUGUUUGCAGCAUGGACGUUUGUCAUGAUGGAAGUUUAACUGCGGUGCGCACAAUAAACACGCCGAUAACGUAACGAAUAUACAUUGCGAUAAAAUAAAAUAAUUCGUAAUAUUAAUAAAAGUAUCGCGAUUAUUAGGAGAGAGAAGGGUUCAUCAUUGUGAUCGAAGGAGCAAGAGCUUUAAUAAAAAUGAUAAAUCACUGUUCGUGACACGUCCAAAAUAGUUUAAACUAAUAAUUCUCGCGUAGAUAAAUAAAUAAAUUAUUAAUAUUAUAAAGGUUUUAACGUUAAUAAAUAUAUAUAGACACAAUCAUAUGUAUACACAUAAUAAUAUAUUGCUGGUAAAAAAGAAAGCAAGUGUUGCGUACAAAAUUGGAGAUUAUAAUGCACCCUCGUCGUAUUGAUCUUUCGUGACAAGUGAUCUGUUUUUUUUUUCGUUCCGGUGAAAAUUUCCGAAAAAUCAUCGUCCAUUGCGCAUGUGACUAAAUUUCGGAACUGAAAAGAAACGAGGCAGCCGAAAAAUCGAGGAGGAUUCGAGCUCGGAGCUUUGGGCAGGGAAAAACGAUCGAAAAGAUAUUAAUACGAGAGAAAAAAUGAGUAUCGAAGGUCAUCUAUGGUUCGAGCUGAGGAGAUAGCGCUCAUCGAAACGUUCUUCCUCUGUCAACAAUCGACGCUCUACCCCGUUUUUAUAAGAAACGUCAGUAUUGCCAUUGUAACGCUGUCUUUCCGUUGAAACAAGAUCGGAUCUUCGGAAGCAGAAAAGCCGGGAGACGCAAGAAGCGCCGCUUCGCCAAGGCUACAGAAGAUCUGUCCAAUCAGCGGAGGCGACGUCGAAGGUCAUCUGGCAUUGCCAAAACUCAGCUAUAUACCGCCUCAUUCUUACGCAUUUGCGAAUAUAUUCGCAGGAUCAUCAGGAACAGGCUAGACAGACGAAAAAAAAUAUUCGGAUAUACCACUGAGUGCGGAAAGUAGUGAUCGAAAAAGUUGAUGUGAUUUAUCUUGUUUUGUUUAGAUUUUUUAAAAAUAAUUAUUCUCGCAAGGGGGGGGUACGUUGAAGUUGUUGGAAAUACGAAGUGAAACGGCGACCUCGAGUCUCCGAUUAUGAUUUAAACGCUCUCGUUUCGAGGCUCUUCCUGAGAUAAAUAUCGAUCGACAGGAUUAACUAUUGUUCUCUGUUAUGCUUCGGCAGUUUAACGAGUCCAGCGUGUCGUGGGUUCCUUCAUGAGCUUCUCGUUUUAAUCGUUUAAACGCUAUAUUCGUCCUCGCGAAUUCGCACGCGUACCGAUCUACGGGUUAAACGAUAAUAAUUAUUAUAAUCCAAUCGAUUUAAUAUAUUCGUCAAUACAUUCGAUAAAGUGCGACCGGUUUGAGAAUCAAGCCGAUCAAAGUGGAGGCGAAAAAGGUGACAGCUGCUACAAGGCGGUGGACAUGAUUAUUUCAAAGGAUUUGUUCCUCCUCGGCGAUCAAGACUAUCUUCGCCUGCCAAACAACGAAAAGCGCCAGCAGCGGGCAAUGGGACGGCCGAUCAUCAAUGCUCCCAGAGUGGAAAGCACGGCUCUGCAAUUGGUCUGUCCGCUGGAUUCUCGUCCGGUGCAGCUGGUCUUCCGAGGAUUGCAGGUGUUCAAGGAGAAGCGUGCUCUCCUUCGAGAUGUUUCCGGGGUUGUGAAACCCGGCGAAUUGUUGGCUGUUAUGGGACCUUCAGGAUGCGGAAAAACGACUCUGCUGAAUUGUCUGUCGGGACGGGUCGGUUUGGACGCCGGAGAAAUCUGGUUGAAUCGCGAGAGGCUCACGAAACGAUGGCGUCGAAGGAUCUGUUACGUGCAGCAGCAAGACGUGUUCUUCCCCGAUCUCACUCUAAGACAGACGCUUGAGUACCAGGCGCGCCUAAGGCUUCCGGAUGCACUUUCACACUCCCAGAAGAUGCAGUGCGUCGAUCAUAUCAUCGAGGUUCUCGACCUCGCUGCCUGCCAGGAUACCAUUGUCGGUGACUACACGAAACGAGGAUUAUCCGGUGGUGAAAAAAAGAGAUGUAGUAUAGCCUGCGAAUUACUCACAAAUCCUUCUCUCAUGCUGCUCGACGAACCAACGAGUGGCCUCGAUUCACAUUCGGCGCAAGCUCUCAUAUCGAGAUUAAAAAAGUACGCGGAACAAGAGGGCAAAAGUAUCGUCGUGACGGUCCAUCAGCCAAGCUCGAGAAUGUUUCACAGUUUUAGCAAACUUUUGCUUCUUAGUCGUGGCCAAGUAGCUUACUACGGUUCCACCUCGAAUAUAGGAAGGUUUUUUGCCACUAUUGGACUCACCUUACUACCGCAUUAUAAUCCAGCAGACUUUAUACUCGAACAAAUAAAGGGACCGGAAGAGGUUCGAGAGCGCAUAGUUGGUGCGGCGAGAGCCGCAAGACAGGGACCCGACUGCCCACCGGAACUUCGUCCGGAGUAUAAUCCCAGCCAACAUCCGCUUUGCGACCAUCUCAUCCAUUAUCACGAGCAUCGUAUUACCCACAACGUGAAAGAGGACGAGGGUCGCACACUCUGGCUAGACACGCAGAGCCAUGCGAGCAGCAGUGCGAGCUCAGCAGAUGACGAUUACACCUGGCAGUGGCCCACGAGCUUUUGGUCUCAGUUUAAAGUAUUAUCGGAGAGAAAUUUCCAAGAGGCACGACCGAGGAUGCUUUCACGACUGAAUUGGCUACAAACGAUAGCCCUCGGCCUCAUGGCUGGACUCCUUUGGCUCAGACUACCCAGAACCGAAGCAGCUCUUCAUGACAUACAGGGUUGGAUGUUCUUCAGCACAACCUACUGGAUGCUGUUUGCCCAUUUUGGAGCGUUGUCCAGUUUUCCGCCAGAACGUGAGGUCAUCAAUAAGGAAAGAUUGUCGGGCUCGUAUCGUCUAUCGGCUUACUACCUGGCGAAAAUGGUGGGCGAGUUACCACUGACAAUAACACUGCCAGCUGUUUAUCACAUUAUCAGCUAUCCAAUGUUGGGCUUCCACAGUCCAGCCGUAUUCGUCACACUCCUCGCCUUCCUUCUUCUCAAUACCGUCGUGGCACAGAGCGUCGGUUUCUUCGUGGGAGCUUGCUGUCUGGACCUGCAAGUUAGCAUAACGGCAUCGGCUCUCUACACCCUUGCGACCCAGUUGCUGGGUGGCUACUUGGCGACUGCUGUUCCACCUUGGCUCGCCUGGGCCAGAUACGCGAGUAUGGUUCACUACGCCUAUCAAAACAUGCAAAUACUGGAAUUUGGCGUUGGUGAUCCGAUUACGUGUUCGCAACCGAGUAAAUUCUUGGAGUGUAAAAACGGUACGACGAUACCACUAUCGGCGAUACUCGACAGUCAAGGUGGCUCGAAGGGUUCGGGUCUUCCACUCUGGGCAAACACAGCGGUGCUACUGGCAUUCCUCGUUGUAUUCAGGACCCUGGGUUAUCUAGUUCUACGUUAUUAUCGCGUACCCAAGUGAGCGAUACGAUCGAUCACAUUAGUAUGCAAUUUUGUACACGACUUUUCACAAAAGAAGGAUCAUUUUUUUUUAACUAUUCAAGCAUUAAUGUUCGACACACGUCGUUUCGAGAGAAUGAUAAAAAAAAAGACGAAAAAAACUGAAAUUUUCGCGGAGAAAUCAUCGAUCAUCAUUUUAUACUCGAUUACACACUCUUUAAUCACGAUUUCAUCAAAUCUUGCGCGAUUAAUCCGUGUGUCGAAGCAUUACUUGUCCAUUAACUGAUUACGAUUAUUGUUUAACGUUUAGCUUUAUUUACCACUUUACUAUAUAUUAUGUUUAUAUAUAUAAAAAGAUAAAACAAAUGAAUAUUAUACCUAAAUAUAAAUCUAUAGUCAUGAAUGUGUGUAUAAAUAAUUACUGGGCGAACGGGUGGCCGGGAACUCAUUUAGCAUCUCGAUAUUUGAAAUUACGCACACGAUUUUCAACAUUUAUACCACAUUAUACAAGAACAAAAUGAAGAAACGAUGUUCGCGUAGUUUCGCCUGCUUGUAUACAGCGAGGCGUUCGGAAAAAUCUCUAAUCUUCGUUCAUUCUCGUUUUUUUUUAAACAAUAACAAUAAAAUUGUUAUUAUUAUUAUUAUUAUUACGAUAUAAUUAAAAUAAUUAUUACUGUUAUUAUUAUUAUUCUUAUUAUUUAUUGACGAUUCUGAGCUGUCGAGCCUUUAGAAACCCCCCACACACUCGCACACGAAAACCCGAUAGUGCUCAGCGAUACAAAGGUUUAUAAAAAAGAUAAAAGAGCAAAAAAAGAGACGACUGGGAAAAAAUAAGAGAGACAGUAACCGCGAGACCAAGUAACUCAGUGCAAACGCGACUAUAAAAUGUGUAGAUAUUUUAUAUGAGCGUGUCGAGUACGAGAUAAGAGUGAAUAUAAAGAAAAAAAAAACGACGACGAGAAGCGAAUGACCGAUCGAUAGAUGCCAAAAGAGUGAGGGAGGGAGGGAGAGAGAACAAAAAGAAAGAAAGAGAAAGUGGAGGGUGAAACAUUGUGAAAGAGAAAAACAGAGACUGAGAUUAAAAAUUUGAAAUUCAUCUAUCGAAAGUGUGUGGCAGGAAAUUUCAUUUCUCCGGGGUGAACUAUGAAUAGAGGAAAAAAUUGAGAGAAAACUAAAUACGUGUUGAGUAGUAAAAAAAAAAAAAAAAGAAAAUGCGAAAAAAAUAAAAUAAAAUAGAAAUUGCCACGGCUUCCGCGUCGUAAUCGACUGAAAUUUGUACGAACGAUUAACAUUUAUAUCUACACGAAUCGUAAAUUUUAUUCAAAAAUCGAUUAUUAUGAUCAUCAUUAUUAUUAAUGAUAAUAUACCGUUAUUAUUAUUAAUAUCAUUAUUAUUAUUAUUUCUAUUAUUAGUUAUUAGCUAUUUUAUUAUUUCAUGUUAUUACCGUACACUACUAUUAUUGAUACGCGUUAUUUUUAUCAUUAUCUAGUUUAUUAUUAGACCGUUGCGGUUAUUUUUAUUAUUAUUAUUUCUUAUCUUUUAACAGACGACACUUUUGACUAAGAGAUAGUGAAACAUUGUGCUGCCAACUUCGUGAGUUAAGAGAAGAUAAGUGUGUCGGACAAUUAUUUAUACGUAUGAAUAAGCACACAGACACACACUGACGAUUGAUAAAAAAAAGUCAUUUUUUCAACAUCGCAUUGUGAAAAUCGGAGGCUCCUCUGUCCUACGAAAAAAUAAUACGAAAGGAAUAGAGAGCGGACAAGAAGAAAAUAUGCUUUGUCGAUGAUCGUUGAAUGCCAGCACGGAAAGUUGUGAAAAAAUCGCGAUUCACGAGUAAUUUCUUUUGUUGUACGAUUAUUUCUUACGAAACGAUAAAAAAAGAAAUUAUUUUGUCAGGAUUCCGUUGUUUUUCAUAUCGAUUCGCCAAACUUUGAAUCAGCGAAUUUAGAUGCUGCUUAGAACUACGAGACGUUUUAUAGCGAUUCUGGGAUCACGGCUUUUCCAAAUUUUCGAGAAUCUUUGCUGACAAUGCGAUCCGAGACAAAACUGUUUUUUAUUAGCAACUGAGUGUUGAAAAUCCAGUGUCACCAUUGUAUGUGUAAAAAUAUAUAUAAAUAUCAAUUGUCCGAAGCAAGCCGAGAGGGAUUUUCAGCUGAAGCCAGAAGCUAAAAUCUGUGAGAGAUUUUCACUCCGGCCCGUGAAAACCUUCGCAUUUCUACCAUGUAUAUAGAUUGAAAAAAAAUAAGUAAACAAAAAAGAUUAAGUAACAUAAGCGGGGAAACAAGUGAAAAGAAUUGAGAAAGAAAGAGAAAAAAAACAAACGAUAUACUAAAUAAAUGCAUGUAUUACAUGUUAAUGGACUGAGCGUGAGCAAAAAGAGCUUCGAAGAGCGCGAGUACUCAAAAAAAAAAAAAAAACAAACAACCAAUAGAACCCAUCAACCCCGAAAAAUAUUCUAUAUGCAUGUGUUUUUUAUAGAAAAAAACGAGAAACGGAGAAAAAAAUGUGAUGAAAUGAAAAAAAAAAAAAUAACAGAAAAAAGAUGAAAAAAUUCUAUAAAUCGAAUGUUAAUCGAA